AUGCUAUAUCCAGUUGGUGCUAGUGAUGAAAGAGAUAUAAAUGAGUUUUCAUUUACUGAGUUGCGUGACAAACUACUUGCCCUUGAUCCUCUGAACAAAGAGCAUGUUGUGAAAGUCAAUCAAGCAGAGGCUGAAUUCUGGAGGAAGUCGGAAGGAUACCGAGUCGGAUGGAGCGACGAAAUUUUAGGUUUUGAUUGUGGUGGCCAACAAUGGGUCUCCGAGACUUGUUUUCCUGCUGGUACUCUUGCAAAACCUAACAUGAAGGACAUUGAAUACAUAGAGGAAUUAAAGCAGCUUAUUGAAAAAGAAAACAUACCUGCACCUGCUCCCAUUGAGCAGCGCUGGACUGCUUGUAGCAAGAGCCCCAUGAGUCCAGCUUCAAGCUCAGCUGAGGAUGAUAUAUUCUCUUGGGUCGGAAUAAUAAUGUACCUGCCUACUUCAGACGCACGCCAGAGAAAGGAAAUAACAGAGGAGUUCUUUCACUACAGACACCUCACUCAAACACUGCUGUGGGAUCAAUAUUCUGCCUUUGAACAUUGGGCUAAGAUUGAGGUUCCAAAGGACAAGGAUGAGCUUGCAGCCCUUCAAGCAAGACUUAGGAAACGGUUUCCUGUCGAUGAAUACAACAAGGCACGACGGGAAUUGGACCCGAACAAAAUUCUUUCGAGUAACAAGUUAGAAAAGAUGUUCGUGUCAUCGGACGUGGUCUGA